GAUGGCAAAAUUUCGUGGGCAAAUAAGGCGGGUACUAAAUUUCACUCCCACCCUUUAUUUUCAUUUCCCCCCAUUUAUUUUUCUUUUGGUGUUUAUUAGUUUUCUCUUUCAACAAAAGCUCUUUCCACCCAAAAACUUCACCCAAAAUUCGUACUCCACCAAAAUCAUUCGAUUGCUUCAUGAAAAUUCAACUGAUUCACCGUGCAUAGCUUCGAAUAGUAGCGGAAAAUUGUAGAAUCGCUUCUUCCAGUGAUUCGAGAAGUUACGGUUUGAACUGCUAUUGGAUAUUGGUUGCUGGAUUUCUUAUUCUUAAUCUGCUUCUUCUCAACUGGAGACCAUGAAAAGAAAACGCAAGAAUUCAGCUCAAGCACUGUUGGAAAGUCUAAGAGGACAGCAAGCUGAUAAUAAUAGCCCAACUUCUCAAAAUCUGCAGCAACAAAUUAGUGGUGAUCAACUUGAUGCCCAACAUGAGAAUGAGAACAUAGAAACCCCUACACUCAGUGAUGACAACUUAAAUUCUUCUUCAAGCUCUAAUGAAGCUAACUCACAGCAGAAAGAGAAAGAGGAGCCCUUACUUGUCAAUAUCAGAGAUAUUUCGACUGGAGAAAUUACAACUCAAAAGAUGCAAGCAGAUCGAGUUUGGAACUUGGAAAAAAAUAAAAAAAUUAUGGUGGAACUCAACGGGGAUGGACAAGGAAGUGAUAAUGGUUCAAACUUGCUUGUUAGAUUUCUUGGCAAACUUUCUCAAAAGUCAAUAAUUUGUCCAAUAUCAGUUGAGAGAUGGGAUAGAAUGCCAGACGCGAAAAAUCGCCUACAGUGGCAGCUUAUUGAGGAGAAUUUUGAGUUUGAUUAUGCUGUUGGAAUUAAAUGGGUGAUGCAUACUUUACGCGAUAGAUAGAUGGAGGGCCUAUAAAUAUACAUUAAGAAAUAAAACCUUCUACCCUAACAAAAGUAAGGAAGAGAUACUUGCUAAUCCUCCAGAAUACGUGGAUUCUAUUGAGUGGGCUGCUUUUGUGCAUCACUAUCAAGAAGAGAAGAUGAAGAAACAAAGUGAACAAAAUACAAGAAAUCGAAGUAAACUUAAAGUCCCGCAUGCCGGUGGUAGCAAAAGCAAUGCAAGGAGAGGUCGUCAAAUGGAGAAAAAACAUGGAAGGCCUGUGUGCCGAAGUGAGGUUAUUUUGUCAACUUUACUGAAAAAGAAUGGCAACUAUGUGAAUGAAGAAGGGAAGAUUAUAGCUGAUAAAAUAUCAGAACAUCUAUGUCAAGAUCAAGAACAUGCUGCCACUUUAGGUGUUCCGUUGAAGAUAUUGGCUCAUCCUAAUGAUGCUAUUGGAAAAGUAUAUGGAGCUGAACAUUCUGGUCGUGUGCGUGGUUUGGGUGGUAAUAUUUUCCCCUCGACUGCUUUUGGAAUGCCUAAACAUUCAAUUAGUCAUGCGAAUCUUGGUGGUUCUAGUAAUAUGUCUCAUCUACGUGUUGAAGACCUAGAGAAGCAUGUAGGAACCUUGAAAGAGAAGCUCAUUGGAUAUGAAGAGACCAAAGAAAAACUUGAGGAUACCAAGGAACAACUUGUGGAGACCAAGGAACGGCUUGCGCAAAAUGAGAAUCACUUGGCAACUCUUCAUAGGUUUUUACAAGCUAAAUUUGGUAGUGAGUUGCCUAGUUUCAACUUAGAUUCUUCUUAGCCUUUUGUGCAUAGUAUGUUUUUGAACCACUAAAUAUGUAGUGUACAUAACUUUUUGUAUUUCCAUUACACUAGUAAUUGUGGUGGCUUUUUUGUCUAUUCAACGCUUGAAACUUAUGUUUAAUUUGAGAUAUAUGAUAAGUAGAACAUUGAAACUUU